AUGCCUUCCAUCAACAGCCUCCUCACAAUGGCCCUGGCAGGCUCAGCCAGCGCUGCGUUCCAGGGUUUCAACUAUGGCUCGACAUUCACAGAUGGAAGAGUGAAGGCUCAGUCUGACUUUGAGAACGAGUUCAAGACCGCCGCUGGUCUCGAGGGCACCGGUGGCGCCUUCACCAGUGCUCGCCUCUACACCAUGAUCCAGGGUGGCUCAACCAACCAACCCAUCUCUGCUAUUCCUGCUGCCAUCAAGACCAGGACCAACCUGCUCUUUGGUCUCUGGGCUUCUGGUGACGGUUUCGCCAACGAGAUCGCCGCUCUCAAAAACACUGUCGACCAAUACUGUGGACAACUUGACGGCCUCGUCGCUGGCAUUUCUGUUGGAAGUGAGGAUCUCUACCGUAUUUCUCCUACUGGUAUCAAAGCCAAUGAGAACCCGGGCACCAACCCUGAUGUCCUCGUCGACUACAUUAAGCAGACUCGUGCUGCUAUCAAGGGCACUUGCCUUGAGUCUGUCGCCAUCGGUCACGUCGAUACCUGGACCGCAUAUGCCAAUGCUUCCAACAAUGCUGUCAUUGAGGCCUGUGACUGGCUUGGCAUGGAUGCUUAUCCUUAUUUCGAAGAUACCAAGAACAACCCCAUCUCUGAGGGUGCAAACCUCUUCAAGGCUGCCUGGAAUGAGGUCAAGGCUGUUGCUAAGGGCAAGGAGAUCUGGGUCACUGAGACCGGAUGGCCCGUCAGCGGCAAGACAUAUGGCAAGGCCGUUCCCUCCACCAAGAAUGCUCGCACGUUCUACGAGGAUGUCGGCUGUCCUAUGUUUGGAGAUAUCAAUGUUUGGUGGUACACACUCCAGGACUCUGCUCCCCAAACUCCCAACCCCAGUUUUGGCGUCAUUGGCUCCGAGUUGACCGAGAAGCCCCUUUACGACCUCAGCUGUGAUGAGAAGAGCAAGAAGGGAACUCUGGUGAGCCGCAGCAACAACGGCAACGUUGAGCACCGCUUCGUCAGCCCUUCUUUCGCAACUGGUAAUUAUACCAACGGAACUGCGCCUGUCGUGCCUGGCACUCCCACUUCUCUCGUGCCCACUCCUUCUUCCACCUCCGGCAACGGUGGUUCUGCCGCAACCCCCUCGCCUGGCAGCGGUGCUCAGCAGCUCAACUCAAUGAGUGCUGCUGCUGUAGCAUUCAUUCUUGCCGCUGCUCUGUUGUAA